AUGGCAAAGAAGAAGCAAGUCAAGACCGAUGAGGAUACACUGUACUCCAACAACAUUUGUCUUCCAGCCAAAGACAACAAGAUCUCGGAGUCGAGAGUCCAAGCCCAACUCGCAAGCGCUCCGGCGCCCAACGACAGGAGGAGGUCCGGUUAUCCCCACGCCUUCAUGAACAAGGGCGGCCUCAUUCUUCGUCGACAGAGCACCGACAGCACGAGCUACUACGAGUAUCCCGUUAUGCAGAACGGCCCAGGCUACGAUUUCGAUUCGAAGCCCAAGCAGAAUCCGGGACCAUACAGGGGGGUCGUCAAUCAGAACAAGGACUACAGGGCCACUAUCUGUCACAAUGGUGUGGUACAGAAUGGAGAGAACUUCCCAAACCUCGGGGACUUUCAUGUUUGCAACAAGACCAAGUAG